CAUCCCAGUAUGCAACAUAGACCGGCAUCAUUAUGCGUGCCGCUUGAAACAAACCUACGCAGGACAAAAACGUCAAAACAAAGCAAAAAACUUUCUGCCAUCGCUUUUGUUUUGGUCCGCAGUCCAUUUUUGCUCCCCUUCUCGGGUCAAUCGGUGCUAGCAGAUUGAAGAAAGGACAAUUUUUCGAGUUAUUUGAAUCUUUCGGCGUAAAAUAACAUGUCCAACUUGCAACGCGUCAUGAUGAAGUCCCGUCUCCCGCCAAUGUGUCCCAAUCCGAAGUUUCCCAAGCCGACGGAUCGUGGGUUUCGCCGCCAGACGGAUUAUAAUCCCAUCAUGUGGAGUGAGUAUUUUGCCGAGAGUCGCGACGUGGCCACAAAACACGGCGUGUUCCGGGUGUACUUGACGGACCAGCCGCGAUCUCCCGGUCCGCUGCUAGUUAUGCUCCACGGGGGAGGCUUUUCCGCCCUGUCGUGGGCUCAUUUUAGCAUGGAGAUCUCGAAGAUUAUACAUUGCCAGUGCUUGGCCAUAGAUAUAAGAGGACACGGGGACACAACCACUGAACAUGAAGAUGAUCUUUCGGCGGAAACUUUAGCGCAGGACAUUGCCGAUGUUCUGCACUCCAUGUACGAAGAAUCUGCACCACCGGUGAUUCUUAUAGGUCAUUCAAUGGGGGGAGCGAUUUGCGUCCAUUUGGCCAAUAUGGAAGUCAUCAGCAGUCUAAUUGGCAUUGUGGUAAUCGACGUCGUGGAGGGAACCGCUCUCGAAGCGUUGGCCAGUAUGCAGAGCUUUUUGAGAUCCCGCCCGAGCACGUUCAAAAGCAUUCAACAUGCCGUCGAGUGGAGCGUUCGGAGUGGUCAGAUUCGCAAUAUAGAAUCCGCCAGGGUCUCAAUGCCUGGGCAGAUUGUGAACAUCGAGACGGGGAAACUGUCAACCAACGAACUUCCUCUGACCGAGGAUUCUCUCGAGCCACGAACAAAGUUUGCCAACCCAAACGCAAUAGCCGAAGACGGUGAAAUACAACCGCCGGUUGAGACUGAUGGUCCCGUCCCUGCCGAAAUCCCCAUACCUCCCGCAAACCUCAAGAAGUACACAUGGCGAAUCGAUCUGUCCAAGUCGGAGAAGUAUUGGGAGGGCUGGUUCCAAGGGCUCAGUCAAAAGUUCUUGGACGUUAAAGUUCCCAAAUUACUUCUCCUGGCAGGCAUCGACAAUCUAGAUCGGGCCCUCACGGUUGGCCAAAUGCAGGGUAAAUUCCAGCUGCAGGUAUUGGCCCGGUGUGGGCAUGCGGUUCACGAAGACAGACCCCACGAGGUGGCCGAAGUGAUCGGAACGUACUUACUGAGGAACAAGUUCGCCGAAGCGUCGGGCGAGGGACAAUUCCUCAAGCAUAUGCCAGCCUGUUGAACUAACGGUAAGAUCUUAAUGUUAAACAAAAACAAAAUGUUUUAGAUUGAUUAUGAAAAUUUAGGCAUACCUCAGUCAAAACAAUUUCCUAAAUAGUAGGAUGCGCUUAGUUUACCAGAAUAAUUUUCCACUUUUUUCUACGUAGAUCCCGAAUCUUUUUAGAUUAUUUAUGAAAUUACAUUAAUUUAUUUGCAUUACAAACAUUAAAAGGAAAA